CAGGUGGAACCCAGGCUGUGAGUGCACCGCAGCCCAGAGAUGGUGAUAUUGCUGUGAGAAGCCCACAUGCCCAACAUGGCGGAGACCAAAGAUACUGUCCAGCUUCGACUGCUCAGCCUGGAGCUCCUGAAGCAGCUUUGGGCUGGGCACGAGGCCAUGUGUCAGUCGGUGACCAGAGCAGCAUCAGAGUCAAACCUGGACUAUAGCAGCAGCAACAACAACUUAGAGAUGCCACUGUCCCAAGAGACUUCUGCUUCCUCAGUGGCCCCCAGGUCACAGGACAAAAGACACGUGUGGGACCCAUUGGACAGUCAUCGAGGUGACACUUAUGACGUGGCCUGGUAUGGCAAAGUCAACUCCAGGGUGGACUCUCUCCCACCUGCCACAUGCCAACACCAGGAGCCCCAGGAAGGACUACGGCCCUCCUCAGUACCCUUGCUAGCCACUGAAGGUCGGAAGCGGCCAGUGUCUUUGGGAGGACCAAAAGGUCUGGGGCCUGACAAGGCACAGGUCCCAAGGUCCCUCCCGUUACGACUAGGCAAGCUGUCUAAGCCCAAAGUGACCUUCUCCCAGGAGUCUUCAGUGCCUGAGAGCAGCUGGUACUCUAGGCCAUGCCUAGACCAUGAUUGGACCGCAGGGUCCCUGGACAGUAGCUCUCCCGUCAGUAGUGAAUCCGAAGCCUACUUCUCUAUGCUGCAGAAGUUUCGAGAGGACAACAGAGAGGAUUGUGUUUGCAACUCCCCUGAAGCCGUAUUCCCAGAGCUGCAAGAGAGCAAUGGUGUGGAAGAGGACCACGAGUGUGUGUACUGUUACCGCAUCAACCGCCGCCUGUUUCCUGAGCCUCUGGAUCCGGGUGCCCCUUGCCGUCUGUGUGGGAUACCCCGGGAUGAGCAGGGCCCUCAAACUCUGGUAGAUCCAGUACAAGUCAGGGUGAGCGUCCCCCUGUCCAUCAUGGACCCUCCACACCAGUACCGAAUUCACAGAAGGAAGAGCUUUGAUGCAUCUGACACUUUUGCUCUGCCUCGGCACUGUCUGCUGGGCUGGGACAUCCUGCCUCCAAAGUCAGAGAAAACCUCUGUCUCCAAGAGCCUGGACCUCUGGUCCUCUGUGUCCCAUGGAGCAGCACAGCGCCGGAAUCUGUCAGCCACAAACCCAUCCUGUCAGGCCGUGCGAUCACGGGUCCCACCACCUUUCUGGUCAGAGCCUCAGGUUGCCCGGCUCUGUCCCUCCCACUAGAAGCCAUACAGAAGGCGACAGUAUUCUACCAGUGCCAUCAGCAUCCCCUGAGGAGAAGCACCUGAGAGCUGGAAGUGGACAAGAUGGCGGUGGCUGAGCUGUCUCUCCUCGGUUGUCCCCUUCGUCUCCUGAGAGCUAGAAAGUGGAAAAUCUAUGGCAGAGGGAAGGGAGUGCUCUGAGUAGUGUACUAAUAAAGCUCAGGGCCGUACACUUCCA